AUGGCGUAGUGUUGGUUACCUGUAACUCUACCGUUUUCUGCUGUUAGCUCUAACACUGCUUUUAACUAAAAUUUGUCCAGAAUCAAAUAGAUUUAGUGUUAGGAUUGAGGUGGCCAAAAUAUAGGCUAUGACGGUCAGACAUUUUGCAGGAAAAUGGUACAUCUUGCUUACUUUUUCGGAUCUGUGGCAUUACGUGCUUACGCAAAGUGUUUAAUAACGCGGUUAUCAAACGACAUCAGUAGCACGAGCAGGUAGACGUUAACGAAGGUAAAUAAUACCGUUAGUCAUUUGAACCUCUCGAGCCGCUAGAAAAAUGUCUCUGGUGCCCAAAGUCCGUCUGACUGGGGGUUUGGAGGUGUGUCGGGUUUUAAAUGGCAUGUGGCAAGUGUCCGGAGCUCACGGUGCAGUGGACCCGGUCAAAGCAGUGCAGGCAAUGGACUUGUAUAUGAGUUCUGGACUGACAUCAUUUGACAUGGCAGACAUUUAUGGGCCGGCAGAAGAGAUAUAUGGAAACUUUUACAGCCAGCUUAAAUCCAGAGAAGGUGGAACCCCAUCAGUGCAGGGUCUUACAAAAUGGGUGCCACGACCAGGACCGAUGAACAGAAAGGUAGUGGAAAAUGCUGUUGAGCGGUCACUCAGGAGAAUGCAGGUAGACACACUGGACUGUCUUCAGUUCCACUAUUGGGACUACAAUGAUAAACGAUAUCUGGAGGCUCUGGGUCAUCUGUCCGACAUGCAGCGGGAGGGCACCAUACGAGAGCUGUCCUUGACUAAUUUUGACACCCAGCACUUGGAGGAGAUUGUGGACAAAGGGAUCCGUAUAUCCAGCAACCAAGUGCAGUACUCGCUGAUUGACCGUCGGCCUGCAGCACGUAUGGAAGAGUUUUGUCUAAAGCAUGACAUCAAACUACUCACCUACGGCACCCUGGGUGGUGGUCUCCUCUCAGAGCGCUAUCUGACCAGUGCUGAGCCUAAGGGUAAAGCUGAGCUCUACACAGCAUCUCUGAGCAAGUACAAGAACAUGGUGGACACCUGGGGCGGAUGGAAUCUUUUCCAGGAGCUCCUCAAUGUUUUGUCCUCUAUAGCCAAGCACCACAGCUGCUCCAUUGCUAGUGUGGCCACACGCUACAUCCUGGACCAGCCGGCGGUGGGCGGGGUCAUUGUGGGCUGCAGGUUGGGUGUGCCAGGGGCAGAGCAUAUCCAUGACACCUUACAGAGCUUUAGGGUCGAGCUCAGCCCACAGGACUUGAGCGAGAUUGAAGGAGUUCUGAAGCGAUCCAGGGAUUUGAUGAGCCUCAUAGGGGACUGUGGAGCUGAGUAUAGGGGCUAAACUGCUCAGCACAUAUUUAUCACUGCCUGGCCUUUUGAUUGAGAGCCACUACAAUAUAACACAGAUACCACCUUCACACAUACAGCCAUGUGGAAAGGUUUGGGUGCCCCUAGUCAAAUAACUUGUUUUUAAACACAUCUUCUACAGAGAACACACUUGUGCACAGUUUUAUGCACAGCUACUGUUUAUUUGCUGAACAUUUAACAUAUUGGGGGGAAAAACAUAAAAUGUGGCCUGUGCAAAAGUUAUGGAACAUUUUAGAUUUUCCAUGGUAAACUCAGCAAAUAAAGAAAAAUUUUGCACACAAUUUGCAGGAAAAUGCCAUUUUAUAAGUUGUAUUUGACUAAUUUUGUCAGUUGCACAUUUGUGUGCUACUGGUCUGUUUGCUAGUGCGCUCUUGUAAAUGAAGUUAAUCACUUAUAAUAAGAUCCUGCAAUAUUUUAAAGCUUUUUCUCCAUAGGAUGUGAUACUUUCAUUUUAGAAAAUCAACAGUAAUUUGACUAGAGGCGUUCAAAGUUUUGCACACAAUUGUAUGGCUAGACCAAUCGGUUUCUUACAGAGGCCAUGACAACAAAGUUAUUCAUAUUUUCUGAUUCAGAAGCUUGGUUGUCUGUAGAGGUGUAAAUCUGUGACCUUGAUUCUCUAGGAAGAUGAUUCAUUUGCUACUACUUUGGUAUUAUUUUGAUUAUGAUUGAUAAUUAUUUUUUUAAAUACACUGAAUAAAGAAUAAGACUGUUUACUGUAUAAUGUGAACAAUAAAAAUAGUUUUCAUAAAA